UUUUAACCCCUGUGCUUGUCAGUCCACUCAGUGGCCACCCCACAGAACACAAAAUCCUGACUGAGGGUCACAUACAAAGCCACAGCUCUGACCUGAGGAAGCCUUUUCCCAGUGGAAGCUUGGAAUUAGAGAAUUUCUUUCCUGUUUGGAUUGCCAAACCAAAGAAACAGAAACCCAUUUUCCAGAGGAUGACUGUCACUUACUCCAGUAAGGUAGCAAAUGCUACUUUCUUUGGAUUUCAUAGGUUACUCCUGAAAUGGAGAGGCAGCAUCUACAAAUUGCUGUACAGGGAAUUUAUUGCCUUUGCUAUUCUUUACACGGCAAUAAGUAUGAUGUACAGAUUGUUACUUACAGGAGCCCAAAAACGUUACUUUGAAAAAUUAUCAAUUUACUGUGACAGAUAUGCUGAACAAAUUCCAGUAACCUUUGUGCUUGGGUUUUACGUAACUCUGGUGGUGAACCGAUGGUGGAACCAAUUUGUCAAUUUACCAUGGCCAGACAGACUGAUGUUUCUGAUUUCCAGCAGCGUUCAUGGAAGAGACGAAUAUGGGCGUUUACUCAGAAGAACACUCAUGCGCUAUGUCAAUUUAACUUCCUUGCUCAUCUUCCGCUCUGUGAGCACAGCUGUGUUCAAGAGAUUUCCAACAAUAGACCAUGUAGUAGAAGCAGGCUUUAUGACAGCAGAAGAAAGAAAAUUAUUUGACCACCUUAAAUCUCCUCAUCUGAAAUACUGGGUUCCAUUCAUCUGGUUUGGAAAUUUGGCAUCGAAAGCCCGAAAAGAGGGAAGAAUCAGAGACAGUGUUGAUCUACAAUCAUUAAUGACUGAGAUGAAUCGGUAUCGAUCUUGGUGCAGCCUCUUGUUUGGUUAUGACUGGGUUGGGAUUCCACUCGUCUACACUCAGGUAGAGAAUCAUUUACAAACUCUAUUUGGACUUCCAUAUCGCCAUCUUGGUUUUCUCUCUUACAGAGAUUUCUCUUUGUUUCAGGUAGUCACUCUUGCUGUCUACACUUUCUUCUUCGCAUGCUUGAUUGGACGGCAAUUUUUGGAUCCCACCAAAGGCUAUGCAGGGCACGACUUAGAUCUCUACAUUCCCAUCUUUACCCUCUUACAGUUCUUCUUCUAUGCAGGAUGGCUCAAGGUGGCCGAACAACUUAUCAACCCAUUUGGUGAAGAUGAUGACGAUUUUGAAACUAACUGGUGUAUAGAUAGAAAUUUACAGGUAUCCCUUUUGGCUGUGGAUGAAAUGCACAUGAGUCUACCCAAGAUGAAGAAGGAUAUUUACUGGGAUGAUUCAGCUGCACAGCCGCCAUAUACACUGGCAGCUGCUGACUACUGCAUUCCCUCCUUCCUGGGAUCAACGAUUCAAAUGGGGCUGUCUGGGUCCUACUUCCCUGGCGGAGAAGAAUGGCUUUGGGAUGAUGAGAAGCAUGGACAGAGGCGUUCAGUGAUCAGGAAGGUGAAACGUUUCCUGAGUGUCCACGAAGCCCCCAAUAGCCCAGCGAGGCGCAGUUACGGGAGGCAGGCGAGCGACAGCUCCGUGUUCUUCCCCACUAGUGAACUGAGUCACGUGAGCGGCUUGCUGAAUGUCCCUCCCAGAAACCGCCAGCCCGGAUCCCGAGGCAAAAAGAAGCUCGAGCCUGGGGAGGGCAGCCCCAAGCUCCACGCUAGCAUGGGAGACCUGUCCGUAAUUAGAGAAACCAGCCGGACGAGCACUUUAAUGAGUCUGACCCCACAGUCUAGCGUUAAUGCCUCACCCACAAAGACAAGCCUUCAAGUCCCAGAAGUGUUGAUCACUUCCGCCGACCUUUCAACGCCAACAUCCCUGGACAGUUACCAGCCAAGCCCUCAGUCAUCCAUCCCAGACUCUUUGCUUUCAGGAGUUCAGCCAAUGAGAACUGAGCAGGCAGUUGACCCGGAGGAUUCUAACCCGCCCCCUUCCCAAACGACACAGGUCAUUUCACCUGAAACUGAAGCACAGAUUCUGGAGUUUGCUUUUGAGAACAGCGCGGAGGACAAGUACCCCAAAAGGUGGAGCCUCCCAGGAUUUCUAGAGUCUAGUCAAGUCUCCUUGUCAGGACUAAGUUCCGACCCUGUUGCCCCUGAAACUAUUCUUUUAAUAGACACAGAGACGUCCUCGGAGACUAGUGGAAUCAACUUUGUGGCUGCCCCUCAGACUCCUCCAGACGUUCAUUAUUUAUUAGAACAGCUGGAUACCAAAGAAACAGAUAUCACAGACUUCAAUAAUGAACACCCUGAAGCAUCACCGAAAGGAAUGUCCAAAGGUUCCGGGAUCUGGUUCUAGCUUAAGACCCUCGGACAGUUCUCUCUACCCUGAGUAGCUCACUUUGGCCAACCUAUAUAUCCUUCAAACAUUGAGAACCAUCAAAAUUAGGAUGUUCUCUGAUCUGUUAAAACUUCAGGAAGAGGGAACAUAAUGGGUCAGCAGAAAGAAAGAAAGAAAGAAAGAAAGAAAGAAAGAAAGAAAGAAAGAAAGAAAGAAAGGCCCAAUCAAGAGUCAUUUAUUAAGUUUCUGCUAUGUGCUAGGGACUGGGAGUGCAAGGAUUUUUAGGAAAACAAUUAUUUAUCAUGGAGUUGUUUCCAUGGAAGUUACCCAGGCUCCAGGACCAUAGCUUUCUAACUAAACAAGGAAUCUGUCUAAACAACAUAACACAAAGAGAAACAUCUGCUGGGCUUUUUUUUUUUUUGCCACUAUCAUUAAGACUGGCUUUUGACUUUCUUCUUCAUGAAGGCAGGGAAUUAGUGAACCUUUCAAGCUCCUUCUCCACCCUACUGGCUCUGUGUAGGACUUACUUUCCAUCUAAUUACACCAUCUUGCAGUUCAUUAAGUUUUUCUAUUAUUUCACUUAAAUCAUCUUAUCACUGUGCUCCUUAAUAAUUUUUUCCUCCAGUUUCCUUCACCAUUUUAAGAAUGUUUUCUUUUCCUAUUUUUACUCUUCUAUCCAUUUGUUCUUCUCUCCCUGGUUUUCCUUGUUAUUAUUCUUGGUCUCUCUCUGGUUUUGUGUUCAGUUGUUUCUGUUGCAUCCGAUUCUUUUGAUGCCAUUUGGGUUUUCUUGGUCAAGAUACUGGAGUGGCUGGCCAUUUCUUUCUUCAACUCAUUUUACAGAUGAGGAAACUGAGGCAAAUAGGGUUAAGUGACUUGCCUAGGAUCCCACAGCUAGUAAAUGUCUGAGGCUAGAUUUAGACUCAGGUCUUCCUGACUCCAGAAUCUAUCUAUUAUGCCAUCUAGCUACCUCUAGAUCUCUCUGGAUCUAGGGAGCUUUAAAUUUGUCCCCUGCCAGAUUAAUUUGUUUUUCAUAUUAUGGCAUGGUUGGACUUGCCAAUUCUAUUUACUUAUCACUUUGUUAAAAAUUGGAUAAGGAGGAACUGUGCCUGUGAUUUUAUUUGUUCAGAAAACUUCCAGGAAAGAAGACUUUCUUUACCAGUGCAGGUCAAUACCUUCUCUUCAAUUAGUAGUGUUAUUUUUUUUAUUUAUAUUUAAAACUCUUACCUUCCAUCUUAGAAUCACUGCUGUUUUAAGGCAGAACAGAGGUAAGAGCUAGGCAAUAGGGGUUAAGUGACUUGCCUAGGAUCACACAACUAGGAAGCCAGAUUUGAACUUAGGACCUCAAUUAGUGGUAUUAAAUGGCUCUAAAUUUAAGUCCCUUGGCCAGGGUCAUCUAGCCAGCAUGUAUCAGAAUUAGGAUCUGAACCAGGGUCUUCCUGGCUUCAUGGCUCUCUCUCUUUAGCAACCAUGCCAAGCUGCCUCUCCUCUUCUGUAUUGUUCCAGAUAAUUGGAAUAAUAGUCAUAGAAACUGGAUCUGUGAUUUCCUUAGUGAACUUCCUCUCACAAUGUAAUCAGUACAUUAGGGAACGCUGAUAUGCGAAAACUUUUUCCAAGGCAGCUGGUGGUAAAAGAUCCCACAAAUGAAGAAACUCCUACAAUGCAGGAAGUCAUAUAGGGAACUCCCAGAAGAGGAAACUGUCUACCCUGACAGGUGAGCACCCUUUCCACAACUUAUAAACUCGAGCACCCAGAGGUUAAAUGGCUUUGCCUAGAAUGCCAUAGCCAGACAGAGUCAGAGGUGGGACUGGAACUCAGGUCUGUCUGCUUCUGAAUCUGGCUCACACUGUGCUCCUUUUAAAUGGCCUCAGUAAGCAAUGGCAUUUCACAAAAGCCAUAAACUUCAGAGUUAAAGGGAGUUAGGUGAGUGCCGUCUAGUCCAACCUAUCCCUCCUCAAACGAACUACUUACUCUUAUUAACUUAAUGUUUUUAUACCACAUUUGGGGACUCAAUUUGAGUGGCUGUGUCUAUGACCUCCCUUGAGAGACACAAGAAAAUGACUGAAUUGGCUUCCCUAAUGCACACAUACUCUGGGACUCCAAUCAAUUCUUGCUGCUGACUAUAGUGGCAACUCUUUGGAUGCACAGAGCAUUCAUGUCCAUGGAAAUGACACCUCCACAUACUCAAGGGUAGGAAAAUCUCCGGUGAGUAAAUAUUUUCUAAUUUUUGGUCUCAACUUUCCAACGUUUUAAGAUUUUUUCUGCAUUUUAAUUUGCAUCAAGCAUUUUCCUUCAUACCUAGACAGUGUUAGCCUGGAGGUCUACGUUCACUCAUAUUGAAGUGCUGGAGGGACCAUCAUGGUCAGUUUUCCUGGGAGAUGAGUCUGCCUGCUAUGUGGGUAUCAGAUGCUUCCUAGAUGUGUGACCCUGGGCAAGUCACAACCCCAAUUGUCUAGUCUUUACUGCUCUUCUACCUUGGAACUAAUACUUAAUUCUGAUUCUAAAACAAAAGGUAAGGGUUUUUUUUUUAAGCGAAUAAACAUUUUUAAUUAAUAUAGUCCCACUGCUAUAUAAUCUAUUUUCUCUGGAAAUUGUCAACAAAUCUAAUUUUCUAGACUCCUAAUCCCAAACCAGAGAUGUAGAAGUCAAUGACCAGCUUCUAGCUACUUAAACAUUACAAUUUCUUACUGGUUCUCCUCUUUGGCCUUUUUUUUUCUCUAACUUUUACCUUCAGUCCUAGUAACAAUUCUAAGACAGAAGAGCAAAAAGGGCUAGGCAAUAAAGGUUAAAUGACCUGUUCAGGGUCCCACAGCUAAUAAGUAUCUGAGUAUUUGAACCCAGGUUCUCCUAACUCCAGGAUUGGUGCUCUAUUCACUGUGCUACCUAGUUGCCCCACUCUUUGGUCUUAAAUGCUAAAGGAAGUUGGCAUCCAUUAAAACCUAAUUUUUUAGAAACCAAGGGGGAGGGGGAAAGCCUAUAGUUUGGGGCUAAGAUUUGUCUCCAGGACUUAAAAUAGUAUUUCCAAUAAUCUGGUUACCUGGGACCACUUACUACUGCAUAUACUGUAUAUACUGAGUCCAACCCUAUGGUCCACUUUUCGAUGAUCAUAUCAUCUGGGAAGGUGAGCUGGUUUAAGAUCACAAAAAAAGUAGCAGAGAUGGGAUUCAAACCAAGGUCCUCUGACUCUAAACCCAACAGUCUAUUCAAAAUUUAGUCAUUCUGGCCAAGAUCAUAAAUUACACAUAAAUAGAAUCAGCACCAUUUGUGAAGAAGCUACCUGUGUGAGCUUGAGCAAGGCAAUGAACAUCUUAUGGCCUCGGUUUCCUUAUCCACACAAUUGAUAUUUUUUGUUUUUGUUUUUAAUACAAAAAUCCUUACCUCCUAUAUUAGUAUCCAUUCUAAGACAGAAGGGUGGUAAAGGCUGGGCAAUUGGAAGUAAAUGUUUGCCCAGGGUCACACAGCUAAGAAGUAUAUGAGGCUAGAUUUGAACCCAGGUCCUCCUAACCCCAGGCUUACUGCUCUAUCCACAGGGCUACCUAGCUAUCACUGUGUGUCAUACUAGAUGACCUCUAAGAUAAUUUCCACUUCUAAAUCUAUUAACCUAUCAUCUUUACUUUUAUUAAGUUUAAAUACCUGAGUCACUAUUCAUCUCAGUUUUCCUCUAUUUCUUCUCUAUCUGUACUCAGAGAAAAAUGUAUUUCAACCUUUCUUGUAUCAAAGUUGAUGCACAAAAAAUGAAUCUUUCUUCAAAAACCCUUCUUCCACAUUAGUGUCCCACUUUUUCUUUUUUAUGAAGCUAGGAUGAGCCAGAUUCUGAGCCCAUUUAUCUCUAGGAAAUUUCCUCUCAGAAUUCGGUUUAUCAUUUGCAAAAGACUAGAGAAGCUUGAGAACAAUUGCUUUCUCAUUCCAGAACAAGUCCUUCCCUCCCCCCUAACAAGUGCAAUUUCCAAUAUUUAGCUGAUUUUUCAUUGCCUUCCUUUCAGCCCCAGCAUCUUAUAUACUACUACAUUUCUGGAAGCUUCAAUCCUUUGAGUCAGUGGUCAUGUGUGCUUGGAGUCCAGUCAAGUCCAAAAACUACCAGCUCAGCUCUGUUUCCCAUGUUGAUACUGUGCCCAAAACAAAAGCAGUUCAUGAGGUCAACAGCUAUUUGGCACAUCCUAUUACUCUCCCAACUCUAGGACCUGGUCCUAUUUAGCUUUGCACUGGAAGUGUGAAGCCAGAAUUCAAGGAGGUGUGACACCACUAAUUCUGUUCCUAAAGCUUAAGGCUAUAUUCAGGGCUAGUUCCACAAUGAAAAAGAAAAGUGUAAAGAAGCAUGUAUCUCCUUUCCCCUACUGUAACUGUUACAUCCUUCCCUCUAUCAGUCAUCGUCUAUCUCCUUCUCCAUAGGUACCCAGUGCUCAUAUGAAGAACUCAUCAGAAUUAUGAAUAUUUUUAAUUAAAAAUGUAUCAGUAGGGAGAAGCUGAGUGGCUCAGUGGAUUGAGAGCCAGACCCAGAGAUGGGAGGUCCUGGGUUCAAAUCUGGCCUCAGACACUUCCUAGCUGUGUGAUCCUGGGCAAGUCACUUAACACACCCCCCCCCCCCCAUUGCCUACCCUUACCACUCUUCUGACUUAGAAUCAAAACUGAGUAUUGGAAUAGAACCAUAGGAAUAUAAACCAAGUCACUUAAAAAGACCUUCAUAUUUUAAUUUUAGGAUAAUACACCUUCCUUUUCAGUAUUGUCAUUCUUCUCUCUCUGUUUCAUCCUCCAAAGAGAUUGCCUCCUUUCACCCAUUUUUUUCUAAAAUUUUGUCACUAUCAAAAUAUAUUCACUAUAUAGCUCUGUUUUUGAUGCCAUCUGGAAAGAUUUGCAACUCCAGGUAUGGUAUCUCCUUUGUCCUUCAAAAGCUCUUCCUUUUCCAGUCUUGUACUGUAUUCAGAAGCCUUUUCCAAUACCCUUACAAUAUUUAUGAGCUUCUUACUGACCUGUGCUCACUUUUAUUUUUGGCAACAAUUUUUCUCUUAUUUUCUUUCCAGGUCCUUACAUCUGCCUUAUCAUUAUUGCUUUUCACCAUUUCUAUUACUCACCACAGAAAUCCAGAUCUUUAAUAGCAUGGCUACUUUUCCUAGAAAAGGGGGAGGGAGUCAGGAGCUCUCCUGAAGCAAGGUGAGGUAUAGCAUCAUACAGAGAAAUGCGCUAGUGGUCACUGUUGUAAUAUAGGGAAUGGAAGGGAUAAGGAUGAAAGGAUAAGAAAGAGGGAAUGGGUUGAGAGGGUGAAGAGAUUGUUCUUUCCCUCCCUUCCUUCUGGGGGGGAGAUAGGCAAGUCCUGUCUCCUUGAAAGCGGGAGUAUGUCUCCUCAGAGAAUGUCUUUUGGGAGAUGGAGGACAAGAGACUAGAGAGGGAAGCCUUAGUAAGAUGACAAGAUGCACCCUUGAGGUCCAAUCUAUCCUCGAGAGGCAAGAUAAAUUCUCAUACCUGUUUUCCCCAGGGACUUCAUUGUCAGUCCCCUUCAGGAUCUUGGGGCUACUCCACUGCCAAGGAAAGAUGUCUAUUCCUUGGGUCUGGCAGUCUUAGAUCACUGGGAUCCAGAAGUCAAAUCUCCUUUUUGGGGAGAGGUGUGACACUCCCCAAAUCUUCAAUCCCCUUUACUAUUGUUAGAAACUGGCCCAGACCUAAAUCUUGAAUAACAGGUGACUUAUUUGGGUUCAAGCAGGAAAGGGGUGGUAAGGGUAUCAAGCAGGGAAGUGGGUGAACAGAGAAGCCCUACAACUUGUCCCCUCUGGCAGAUUGGCCCUCCAAAGCCUAGGAGUUCAAAGCUUCUCAGCCUUGAUCCCUCUUCUUGCCAAUUGCCUGUUGGUCCCUACUCCUAAACUAACUAACUUGAAUAUUAGAGUCUGGGGAAAGGUAAGGGGAGAGAGAGAUAGAGAGGGAGGUCUUUGGAAGGAAUUUGUGGACAGCUCUCUGCCAAGUCCCAGUCCACAAAAGCCUCUGAUAACUUUAGAUUGCUGUUAUGGAGAGUUGCCUGAGAGGUAUCCAGGAAUUCAGAAAGAGACAGUUGAUCUCCAGAGAGACAGGCUUCUUCCCAGCCUAGGAGAUCUACCUCCUUCCUCAGGCUCCCAGCUGGAAGUGAAGUGGCCAGUUGGACCUCCAAGCAUCUGAUUCUCUCUUGGAAUUUUCAGUUUUUUCUUCCUGCUCCUACCCCACUCUCUCUUCAACUAGUCUCUGUCAGAGACUGUUCUCUGCUCAAAGUGGACUAUCUCUCCUACUUUACAGGUAUAACAUCAUACAGAGAAAUGUGCUAGUGGAGGGUCAAAGGGAUAUGGUACUAGAGAAAAGAAGCAUGUCUUGGUAUCCUCUAAAUUUCAGCACUCUGAUCCCUAGUCCAAUCACUCCACCCUAGUUAUGGCUCUGCUUCUACUCAUCUAUAAGUCUGCUUCCUUCUAUGCCCCAUUACAUGAAUCAGCCCCUGGAUGGAAUUCUUGAAAUAGACCAUAGUACAUUUUUCAUAAUGUUAUCAUCAUCAAUUUGCAAUGCACCAGUUUAGAUACCAAUGGAUUAUACUAAGGACCAGCAAAGGUUUUGAAUUCAAUGGAACAUUUUAGACAUUUGACAUUCUUCUAACAACUUCCCAUCUUUGUUAGUUACCUAAGCUCUAAGUGUCGCCAUAUUGGGAUGCAUCUACUUGGUCCAAUGGUAUUGCCAUUAAUGAUAGGACAUAACUAAAUCAUAAACCCCAAGAUUGUUCUCUCAUUGUAUGUUCUAGAUUCCAGGAAAAGGUUAUACAAAACAGCAGGAGGAAAAAGCUCUAGAAGUGGCACUAAUAUCAAUUACCCAGGACAGGUCCUUUAAUGUGAAUGGAAUUUGUUGGUUCGUAGCAAUUUUCCUGGGAAUUUUCCCAUUUGUCCUUUUUGUUCCUUUCAUAUACAUGUGGCCAACUCAACCUUAAAGCUGAAGCAAAAAAAUUAAAGCCCUUUUAAGAGUUAGGGGUAGCAUUAUGGGGAGAUUAGAAGAAAUGAAACUUAACAACUAUUUGCAGUCAUGGAACACAUAUAGACUGUGAUUAAAAAUCUCUCCCUCUUUAUCAUAUUAUAGUUGCUGACAUGAUAUAUUUAAAAAUUCAAAAUCAUGAGCCAGAAAACCUGGAUCCUCAAAGUUUCACUAUUAUAAGACUCCCAGCAACCUUUAUCUGAGCAAUGUUUGAAAUGUCACUGAGAUCUUCAAUAUAGUUGGCUGGAAUUGUAGCAAAUUUAAGCACAUACAACUUAAUAACUUAUAUCAAGAUAUGAUAGCAUCCAAGCUGCUGCUAAACAAUUGAUAAAUGUAUGCCUUGUUUUGGACCAAAUAAACAAAACUGGUAUUACC